AUGUCCUUCUCCUACGACCGCUACGACACCCGCCGCCCUACCAGCCGGCGCACAACUCUCGGCUACUGGGUCCCCCUAAUCCUGACCGUGACCGUCGCGUCCGCGGGCCUCGCAGCCUGGAUAUGGAGCGAGCGACAAGACUCUGACGAUCCCCCUCAGUCCUCCGAUGAUGAACUGAGCUACGGCGAAGACGGGGAACGGCAGCAUGGACCUCUUCCCAGCUACGGCACCGAAGCGCGCUACUCGGAGGGGGCGGUCAGGGAAGGGGAAGAUGGAUUCAUGGCGCGCAUGUCCGGCGCGAUAAGAAGGACGCCGAGCCCGCAGCAGGUGUUUGACAGCGCGAGUCGGAAGGUUGCGGCGGGCGUGGCGGCGGCGGGGGCGGUGGUUGGCGGCGCGCUGUCAUCUAUACAGGAGGAGGAUAAGGACGCCUAUGGCGAUCAUAACAGGUGGGAUGAGGAGCGGGCACGGAGGGGCGUAGAAGCGCAGAGCAGCCAGAGUGCCGCGGCUGUAGAGACGCAGGUAGAAGCAUUCGGCGCGUCGAUGCGCGGACAGACGAGCUCGAAAGCGCCGGCUGGCGGCCGCAGGAAGACUGUCGCUGUCGUGCUGUCUGCUGACUCUCCUCGGUCUGAUCUGCACGAGGAAGAGCAGGGCGCGUAUCACACCGAGCACGCCUCCCUACUCUCCCACCUCCCCGCAAUCGACCCAUCCACCACCCGCCUCUUCAUCCUCAUCUAUGCCCCCUCCCUCAAGACCUCCCGCCCAUCCUCUUCCGGGCGCCUCCAACCGACCUCCUCCCUCGGCUCCCCCUACUCAGCCAUCACGACCCCAGCACAGACUCCAGGCGAGGAACUCGCAUCCCUCGACACACAAUACACCCCAGCGGCAACCACGCCCGCAUUGUCCGCGAAAGACGCCGACUCGAGUCUGUACCACACCGUUCAUGCGCAGGCGCUGCGCCUCCUCGAGACGCCUACCAUGGUCAUGCCGUUCACGACGCCGACGGGACACGUACAUAUCUUAAGGCACCUUGCGCCUGAUAUCGUGUACCUCGCCGAGGCUCUGUCUGGCGAGAAUGGCAAGAACGUUGAGGAUGUGAAGAACUGGGUGGGCCAGGUUGUGGUUGUUGUUGGAGGUGAUGCUGCGGGUUUGGGGGGACUUGUUGAUACGGAGGAUGAGGGCGAAGAGGAGGGUAGACGUGAUGAGGAGAAGCGGUGGUGGGAGGAGUCGAGUAUAGUGGGCCUAGGGAAGGGCGUGGAGGUAUGUGAUGGAAUUAGGGUGGGUGAGGACUGGGAGAGGAGGGUUGGUGGUAGGGAGUGA